AUGUCGCUGGUCAAGCCCGACACUUUGUCGGCAACCUCGCGCUCGCCAUUGCACUCCCGCAAGAACACCGCUUUGACCCCCCAAACGGAGGAGGAGCGGCUCGGACCGUGCCGCCGAGGACCGCCGGAGCUGAGCCCACCUAGCCCAGCCCUGGCACCAACAGUGGAGAAAGCAGGGCGGACGUCCGCCGGAGCUGGCCCCGAUCGAGGACCGCAUGUCCCAGACCGAGGCCCUUCUGGCCCAGAUCGGGGCCCGCCUGGCCCCAAACUGGGCCGCAUCGCCGGCGGUGGGGGCCCCGCCACCGCCCUCCGCUGUCGCCCAAGGCCACGAGCCGCACCAGCCCAUCCCUCCGCCAGGACCGUCGCCGCCAUGCCCCCGCCAUCGCCGUCGGACCGAGCACGAGGCGCCCCGAGCCGCACCGCCGCCGACCGCUCCUGCCCCGCGCAGGUUCACGCGCGAGCGGGUAAGGGAGAUCCCGCCGCCGCCGGCGCCACGGGGGAGGAGGGGAGGAGGACGGGUGGAGGCGCGGAUUAG